AUGAAUCUAGGGCUCAUCCUCAUCUGUGGAGUGCUGGCUCUGAAGGCUGCAGAGCUGCCAGUGGAGCUGGCCCCGGGGUCCCAAUUACGCUCUGUGGAUGUGGUCUUGGACUGUCAUUAUAUAGAGGAAGCUGUGGGUGGAUUUCCGGGUGCCUUUGCUGGAUCAUUCUCCUCAGACCCUGCCACCCUAGUGCUGAGAGGUGUCAGCAUUGCUGAUGAUGGAAGCUUGGACAGUGUCACCAAUUAUGAGGCGCCAGGCACAAAUACUGACUCCGCUUCUCCCAUCAUCUUUGAAGUCUCAGCAAGUUUGGUACCUGUCCCAUAUGCGGAAUCCCUGCUGCAUGCAGACUGUGCUGGGGAGGAAGUGACCUGUGAGAUCUCUCCAUACAGCCUACACCUGGCAGAUGAGGGGCCCAGCCAGGCCUCCUGGUUCAUGGGGACCCUGAAGUUGUCCAGUGGGAUCAGCAUAGCCCUGGUGCUGAAGGUCAGCAGUGACAGGGAGGAAGAUGACAGAAUGGUUGUGCUGCACCCAAGGCUGAAGGUCCCUGUAAGCAAGGAGGGCACAGUGCUGACCACAGUUGAAUUCCAGUUGUCAUCUCGCACCCCUACUUUGCGUACCCGACUUGGCACCUCCGUCACCCUGGACUGCAGCUUUGCCUUGGCUUCCAGCUCUCCACUGGCCUCGCUGGAGUGGAGGCUGCAGCACCGAGGCAGCGGGCGUAGAGUUUUUCACUACCAGGCGGGGGAUGUGGCACAAGCAGAACAGUCAACGGCCCACGUGGAUGUGGUGCAGCUGCUGGAGACUGGAGAUGCAUCACUUAGCCUGCAUGGAGUGGGUGUGGGGGAUGAAGGGACAUACAUCUGUUUACUGUCCACCCCCCAGCACCAGGCCCAGAACAUCAUCCAGCUGCAGUUGGUCGAGCCCCCAAGAGUCCGUUUGUUCCCAGAGUUGGUGUCACGUGAGGGGGAUGGAGCCACUACCCUGACCUGUGAGAUCUCUGGCUAUUACCCCCUGGAUGUGUCAGUGAAGUGGACACGGGAGGCCCCUGACGACAAGGACAAGGUCCCUAUCUCAGGCUCAAGCACAUACUUCUCCAGCCAUAGGCAAGCCCAGGAUGGCACCUACAGCAUCAAUUCGUACCUGAGUAUCAACACAGCCACAGAGCUGGGACCUAUCACCUACAGCUGCCAUGUCUCGCAUCUGGCCCUUGAAGAGCCAAUCACAGCUAGUGCCCAGCUCAGAGCACCAGAGCAAAAAACAUCUAAAGAGCUUGUGGGAGCCUUCAUUGCUACUUUAAUCUUCCUUGCUGCUCUCGUUGGCCUCUUGCUCAGGAGAAGAAAAACAGUUGAUCCAAAGUCUGAGAAAUCUCUGGAGACUUCAGGGUAAAAGGGACAGUUAACUCA